AUGACUGAAUACGUCAAGGUCGAGAAGAUUGUCCCCAAGUUCCCGCCGCCGGCGUUCGGCGACAUCGCCAAGGCAUCGAACGACCUCAUCAACAAGGACUUCUACCACGCUGCCGCAGCUGCCCUCGAGGUUAAGCUCAAGGCUCCCAACGGUGUCAACUUCACCGCCAAGGGCGUCUCUCCCCACUCUGGCCCCGUCGCCUCUUCGCUUGAGGGCAAGAAGGCUCUUUCCAACGGUACAGCACCUGCUUCCUUCACUCCUCGUUCAUUGCUACUCUAUAUACCCAUCCUCAAGACGCGAUCAUUCCACUCCAGCAUCUUUCACGUAUCUCAACCCCCGGGCGGCAAAUUCGCCGUCACGGGCUAUACCAUCAACUUGCUGACGACAAACUGCCCAGGCAUCAGCAUCACCCAGUCGUGGAACACUGCCAAUGUUCUUGCUACCAAGGUCGAGCUCAACGACACCUUUGCCAGCGGCCUGAAGACCGAGGUCCUCUCCAACUUCAGCCCUGCCGCCGGCAACAAGGGCCAGAAGGUCAACUUCCACUUCAAGCAGCCCAACUUCCACGGCCGCGUCUUCGCUGACUACUCCGCCGCUGGUGCCAUUGGCGCCAUCGCCGAUGCCGUCGUGUCCCACGAGGGCUUCGUUGUUGGUGGUGAGGUCGGCUACGACGUCCAGAAGGCUACCAUCACCAAGUAUAGCGCCGCUGUCGGUUACACCACCCCUCUCUACAACGCCGCCAUCACUGCCACCAACUCCCUGAGCGUCUUCUCCGCCGCCUACUACCAGAAGGUCAACCCUGCUGUCGAGGCUGGUGCCAAGGCUACCUGGGACUCCAAGUCUGGCUCCAACGUCGGUCUUGAGCUUGCUGCCAAGUACAAGCUCGACCCUGCCUCGUUCGCCAAGGCCAAGAUCAACAACCUCGGCAUUGCCUCCCUCGCCUACAACACCAAGGUCAACAGCGGUCUGACCUUUGGUAUUGGUGGCUCUUUCGAUACCCAGAAGUUGAACGAGGCCGGCCACAAGCUCGGCACCAGUUUCACCUUUGAGGGUUGA